GUGCAGCCACAUAAUCCUUUGUACUAGACAACCUUUUUUUUUUAGUUAGCUAGCUACGUGUAAAAGAUAACUAGCUAUAUUACUACACUACAGCGUAUCUUCGUUUAUAUUAAACUGCUUGAAAUUUGAUCAACUUGCCCGUUCGACUUUUAUCAGACGAGCGGCUGUCUCUUUUCUGUGAGUAUUGCAGCUAGCCUAUUCAUAGUUUACUAGCGAACGUUAACCUCUAAGGCCACCUUGCUCCUUGGGAUAUCGAGUGCAAGUAUUGCAACUAUCUAACGUACUUGAACAUGAGCGUGGAGGGUCAGGAGGCAGUCACCACUGUAACACCUGGCCAGUACAUCCUCAUUGAGGGAAAUGAUGAUGAAUACCCCUUCGUUGCCAAGCUUCUCAAGUUCUUUGGCGAUGAGUCCCACAAGCAGAAGAAGGCGCUGGUGCAGUGGUUCUUGCGCUUGUCUGAGGUGCCCCAAAAUAAGAAGUUGUUGCUGGGCAGGAGCCCCCAUCCCCAGGAGAUCUUCUACUACCUGGGACGUGCCUGUGACGAUGUGAUCGACGCAGAAUCCAUCCUUGGCACUGUACAUGUCCAGCACGUCCCUGAAGAUACUCCUUUUCCAGAGCCUGGAACCAAGGACACCCUCUAUGUAAAGCUGUCCUGGGACACCAAGGCCUUCAAUGUCUUAGACCCUGUCCUGAUGCAGGAUAUCCCUGCCUCAACCCCCCCCAAACCUCUCCCUCUGUUUCCCCCCUGUGCUUCCCUCGUGGCAACCCCUGUGUCUCGGGGCCUGGUGCGUCGUGCCCUGCCCACCCCAGACCCCACAGUGAUGAGGAGAGCAGGGUCUGUGUCUGACACUAGAGCCACCAUGAGUGCCGGGAAGAGGAGUACCCUUGAGGCAGAGUCGAUCCACUCUGCCUCCAAGCUCUCUGCCUCUAAAAUCCUGAGCGCCAAGAGGAGGGGCAGCGCUGCAGACACACCGGGUGUACGCAAGAAACUACAGCUCAGCAUCGGGGCCAGUCCAGGGAAGAGAAUGACCAGAGCAGAUGUCCUCUGUGAGCUCUUGGAUGAAGAGAUGGAGUCAGAGAAAGUUAUAUCCCUCAAACUGAGCUCCUCGGUUUCACACUCUCUCCAGCAUGGCUGCAGCCUCUCUCCCAUGAGAAGUGGCUGCAAGACCCCUAACGGCCAGAGGAGGUUCCCCUGGAAGCUCUCCUCCAUCAGCCUGGACAGACUGUCUCCUACUGCCCUGGGAGAACAGGACUUAUCCAGUGACCUGUUGCUGGCAGUGAUUCCCCUGGCCCUAGAGGAUGAGGUAUUUGAGGCAGGGUUACCUACAGACGCUGGCUCUGCCAACACCCCCAAGAAGAGACAGGCCACCCCCAGGAGGAACUAUGUUAAGGGACAGAAAGCUACCACCCCCUCCAGGAGGAAAGAGUCUGCCAUGGCCAUUAGAGAGCCUGCUCUGGGGGUGCUGGCGGAGGAGGACUCUGAGGAUUCUCCCAUGCAGUCGAUUGCCUUGACUCCUCGCUCCAAGAGGAAGUCAGCCCAGCUGGUGUCGUUACGCAUCAGGAAGCAGUUGAAUCUGUUGGACAAUACCCAAGAGCUGAUCUCCGAUGGCGAUGAUGACUGUUUCGUUCCCUCCAAUAAGGACCUACAGAGCAGCAGCGAUGAAGAGAAGACCGAUAGUGAGGAAGAGAGCAUGGUGAAGAAGACCAGAGGAAGAAAUUGCAAGACCUCCUUCAGGACCCCACACAAAACGCCCAGCAAGAAGGACCUACAGAGCAGCAGCGAUGAAGAGAAGACCGAUAGUGAGGAAGAGACCAUAAUAAAGAAGACCAGAGGAAGAAAUUGCAAGACCUCCGUCAGGACCCCACACAAAACGCCCAGCAAGAAGGACCUACAGAGCAGCAGCGAUGAAGAGAAGACCGAUAGUGAGGAAGAGACCAUGGUGAAGAAGACCAGAGGAAGAAAUUGCAAGACCUCCGUCAGGACCCCACACAAAACGCCCAGCAAGAAGGACCUACAGAGCAGCAGCGAUGAAGAGAAGACCGAUAGUGAGGAAGAGACCAUAAUAAAGAAGACCAGAGGAAGAAAUUGCAAGACCUCCGUCAGGACCCCACGCAAAACGCCCAGCAAGAAGGACCUACAGAGCAGCAGCGAUGAAGAGAAGACCGAUAGUGAGGAAGAGACCAUAAUAAAGAAGACCAGAGGAAGAAAUUGCAAGACCUCCGUCAGGACCCCACACAAAACGCCCAGCAAGAAGGACCUACAGAGCAGCAGCGAUGAAGAGAAGACCGAUAGUGAGGAAGAGACCAUGGUGAAGAAGACCAGAGGAAGAAAUUGCAAGACCUCCGUCAGGACCCCACACAAAACGCCCAGCAAGAAGGUCACUCCAAGUACCCCCCGUCAUGCCACACCCAAUAUUCCCAGCCGGACUGUUCCAGCCAGGCAGCCUGGGAACAUCCUGGAGGAGGCCAGGGCUAGGCUGCACGUGUCGUCAGUACCAGAGUCUCUUCCCUGUAGGGAGCAGGAGUUCCAGGAUAUCUAUAAUUUUGUGGAGAGCAAGGUUAUGGAUGGGACCGGAGGGUGUAUGUACAUCUCUGGUGUUCCGGGAACUGGGAAAACCGCCACCAUCCACGAGGUUAUCCGGUGUCUACAGCACGCCUCUGAUAUGGAUGAAAUCCCCACGUUCCGAUUCAUCGAGAUCAACGGCAUGAAAAUGACCGACCCUCACCAAGCCUACGUCCAGAUUCUACAGAAACUGACGGACCAGAAGGUGACCGCUGACCACGCCGCAGCCCUAUUGGAGAAGAGGUUCAGUAACCCUGCCCCCAAGAAGGAGACCACCGUGCUACUGGUGGACGAGCUGGACCUUCUGUGGACCAGGAAGCAGAAUGUCAUGUACAACCUGUUUGAUUGGCCGACAAGGCGCCACGCCCGCCUGGUGGUGCUGACCAUCGCCAACACCAUGGACCUUCCUGAGCGGAUCAUGAUCAACAGGGUGGCCAGCAGACUGGGUCUGACCAGGAUGUCGUUCCAGCCGUACAGCUUCAAGCAGCUGCAGCAGAUCAUCACGUCCAGACUGAACAAGGUCAAGGCCUUCGAAGAGGACGCUUUGCAGCUGGUCUCCAGAAAGGUGGCAGCGUUGUCAGGAGACGCCCGGCGCUGUCUGGACAUCUGUCGCCGCGCCACUGAGAUUUGCGAACACUCCGCCUCGCACCCGUCCUCCGCGGGAUUGGUGAGAAUGAGUCAUGUGAUGGAGGCGCUGGAUGAGAUGUUCUCCUCCUCCUACAUCACGGCCAUUAGGUGUGCAUCGUUACAGGAACAGCUCUUCCUGAGGGCGGUCAUUGCUGAGUUCAGGCGACUGGGACUGGAGGAGGCCACCUUCCAACAGGUGUUUGUGCAGCACCGGGCUCUGAGUCGUGUGGAGGGCCUGCAGCCCAUCAGUGUGUCCGAUGGUCUGGCCGUGUGUCAGCGUCUGGGUGCGUGUCGUCUGCUGCUGCUGGAGGCCAGCCGUCUAGACAUGCUACAGCGGGUCAGACUCAACGUCAGCCAGGAUGACGUGCUCUACGCACUCAAAGCUGUCAGAGACUGAGGACCACCGGAGGUCCUAAGGUACAGGGGGGAGGAGAAGGGUCUUUUUGGGACCUAGAAGGGAACCUGCUCCAUCACUACCAGUGAACUUGGUCAGUUUGCUAACUACAACUCAUCAGGACCACCGUUGGACCACACAGUCCCACGCCUCAACCACAGCCAAUACUACUGUACCUCUCAGGACUGGGAAUCCCACUGACACCUUGUCUGUCCACGGUGGGUCUUUUUAGAGGCUCAGUUUGGUUUGAUGCAGUCUUCUGAGAGGUUUUAGGAAAUCUUCUGUUUUACUGUUCUUUUACAAAUGCUUUUCAAUGUCAUUGUUGGCACAUUUUGGGAAGCUCUUGAUGGGGAAACUGCAGUGAUUUGAACAUUUUAUGGAGGUCUGUCGUAAUUCAAGAACACAAAUCAUGAUUUCUAUUAUAUUGGUUUUACAUUUGUUUACUGAAAAUUGCCCUUGUUACAAAAGGAUAUUUAGAUCUGGUUUUAACUCGUUGUGUUGAUGGGAGGAGAGCCAACUUCCCAUCACAGUUAGCAAUUUGACUUUCCUCUUUAUUUGUAUUCAAUAAUUUUUAAUGUUGCUCUUGUUGGUUUUAGGAUGUUCUUCAUUAUUGUUGUGUGAAUAUUGUAUCUACAAAUGUAAUAAAGAUAUUUAAUAACAA